GCUCUAAACCGGGUGUGCGCUCGUGUCCCUCCGCCGACAGAGGAAGUGCUCGCAGACCAAUCACAUCUGUGUUUACACCAUCACCUGUCACACACACACUCCGCUAGAUUUCUCUCUGUCAGGAGCUGAAACACACACUCACACUGAAGCGACCACGGUAGCCACUAACUGGACGGACUCUCUGGCAAUUGACCUUUUGCAGUGGAAUAGCGGAAUAAGUCUUGAACCAUGAGCUCAGUGGCAGUGUUGACCCCGGAGAGCUUUGCGGAGCAUCGCAGCGGCCUCAAGGACCAGGACAUUACAGGCUGCGUCCCGGAGGAUGAGGCCUACAUCCCCACCUACCUGGAGGCCUUUCCCCCGCUGCCGGAGAAGGGAGCACCAGGGGAGAAGACCGGGGAGCCGGCUUCAGCGUGGGGCGGCAAGAUCAGGCCCAUCAAAGCCUCUGUCAUCACCCAGGUUUUCCAUGUGCCCCUGGAGGAGCGUCGCUACAAGGACAACAGCCAGUUUGGGGAGGGCGAGGAGGCCAAGGUGUGUCUGGAAAUCAUGCAGCGGACGGGGGCCCACAUUGAGCUGUCCCUGGCCAAAGACCAGGGCCUGUCCAUCAUGGUCACGGGAAAACUGGAGUCUGUCAUGAAGGCUCGCAAGGAAAUUGUAGCUCGGCUGCAGACGCAGGCCUCGGCUACGGUUGCCAUCCCCAAGGAGCACCAUCGGUUUGUCAUCGGCAAGAACGGCGAGAAGCUGCAGGAGCUGGAGCUGAAGACGGCCACAAAGAUCGCUAUUCCACGACCCGACGACCCCAGCACCAACAUCCGCAUCACCGGCACCAAGGAGGGCAUCGAGAAAGCUCGCCACGAGAUCCUGCUCAUCUCCGCGGAACAGGACAAGCGUGCGGUGGAGCGUCUGUCCCUGGAGAAGGCCUUCCACCCCUUCAUCGCUGGCGCCCACAACCGGCUGGUGCAGGAGCUGAGCCAGGAGACGGGCGCCCGCAUCAGCAUCCCUCCGCCGAGCCUGCCCAAGGACGAGAUCGUCAUCACCGGGGAGAAGGAGGCCGUCGCCCUGGCGGUCAACCGCAUUCGAGCCAUCUAUGACGACAAGAAGAGGAAGACCACCACCAUCUCGGUGGAGGUGAAGAAAUCUCAGCACAAGUACAUCAUUGGUCCAAAGGGCAACACCCUGCAGGAGAUCCUGGAGACCACGGGGGUGUCCGUGGAGAUGCCGCCGCUGGACUCCUGCUCAGAGACCAUCAUCCUCAGGGGGGAGCCCGACAAGCUGGGACCAGCCCUCACACAGGUCUACGCCAAGGCCAAGAGCGUGAUGGUGGUGGAGGUUACCGCUCCGGCCUGGCUGCACCGAUUCAUCAUCGGCAAGAAGGGACAGAACAUCGGGCGGAUCACACAGCAGCUACCACGGGUGCACAUCGAAUUUACAGACGGUGAAGAGCGCAUCAGUCUGGAGGGGCCGACGGAGGAGGUGGAGCUGGCUCAGGCCCAGAUACAGGAGAUCAUCAAGGACCUGCUGGUGAGGAUGGACUACACUGAGGUCAUCAUAGACCAGCGUUUCCACAGACACCUCAUCGGGAAGAACGGAGUGAACAUCAAUCGGAUCAAGGAGCAGUACAAAGUGUCGGUACGAAUCCCCCAGGACUCGGAGCGAAGUGGUCUGGUCCGGAUCGAGGGAGACCCGAAGGGAGUCCAGCUGGCACGCAGAGAACUCAUUGAGAUGGUCCAGAGAAUGGAAAACGAACGCACCAAAGAUCUGAUCGUGGAGCAGAAGUUCCAUCGGACAAUCAUCGGCCAGAAGGGAGAGAAGAUAAAAGAAGUUCGAGAUAAGUUCCCCGAGGUCAUCAUCAAUUUCCCCGACCCGGCGCAGAAGAGUGACAUCGUGCAGCUGCGAGGGCCGAAGAACGAGGUGGAGAAAUGUGCCAAGUUCCUCCAGAAGAUCAUUGCGGACCUGAUCGAGAACAGCUUCUCGCUCUCUGUUCCCAUCUUCAAGCAGUUUCACAAAAACAUCAUUGGUAAGGGCGGCGCCAACAUCAAAAAGAUUCGUGAAGAGACCAACACUAAGAUCGACCUCCCGACAGAGAACAGCAACUCGGAGAUGAUCGUCAUCACCGGCAAGAAGAGCAACUGUGAGGCGGCGAGAGAACGAAUCCUCGCCAUCCAGAGAGAGCUGGCAAACAUUAAGGAGACGGAGGUCGCCAUCCCAGCCAAACUGCACAACUCUCUGAUCGGCUCCAAAGGCUGCCUGGUGCGCUCCAUCAUGGAGGACUGCGGCGGCGUCCACAUCCAUUUCCCCUCGGAAGGCUCCGGCUCCGACAAGGUCACCAUCAGAGGUCCCGUUGGAGAAGUGGAGAAGGCCAAGAAGCAGCUGCUGCAGCUGGCUGAGGAGAAGCAAGUCAACAACUUCACAGCUGAGCUUCAGGCGAAACCAGAGUACCAUAAAUUCCUGAUUGGCCGUGGCGGGGCCAAUAUCCGCCGCGUGCGGGACAGAACGGGGGCGAGAAUCAUCUUCCCGUCACCAGACGACACGGAGCAGGAGCUGAUCACCAUCGUAGGGAAGGAGGAAGCCGUUCGUCACGCUCAGAGGGAGCUGGAGAGUCUGGUCAAAAACCUGGAUGACGUGGUGGAGGACAACAUGGUCGUGGAUGUUCGCCACCACCGCCACUUUGUGUGUCGGAGAGGCCAGGUGCUGCGGGAGCUGGCGGAGGAGUACGGCGGCGUGGCUGUGAGCUUCCCUCGCACGGGGGCCAACAGUCAGCGGGUCACUCUGAAGGGAGCCAAAGACUGCGUGGAGGCCGCGAAGAAACGCAUCCAGGAAAUCAUCGAGGACCUGGAGUCCCAGGUGACCAUGGAGGUUGCCAUCCCUCAGCGCUACCACCGGGCCAUCAUGGGGCCCAAAGGCUGCCGCAUUCAGCUCAUCACCAGGGAGCACGAGGUUCAAAUCAAGUUCCCCGAGAGAGACGACAGCGCCGCAGUUUCAGGUCAGGAGCCUCCACCACAAGAAAAUGGCGAAGUCAGUCCAGAGGCGGAGUUCGUCCCCCGCAAGUGUGACGUCAUCGUCAUCUCUGGGCGGGUAGAGAAGUGUGAGCCGGCUAAAGCCGCCCUACUGGCGUUGGUGCCCAUCACGGAGGACGUUGAGGUGUCGUACGAGCUGCAUCGCUACAUCAUCGGUCAGAAGGGCAGUGGAAUCAGGAAGAUGAUGGAGGAGUACGAGGUGAACAUCUGGGUGCCGCAGCCUGAGAAGCAGCUGGAUGUGAUCAAGGUGACGGGUCUGGAGGCCAACGUGGAGCGAGCCAAGCAGGGUCUGCAGGAGAGGGUGAAGGACCUGCAGGCCGAGCAGGAGGACAGAGCCCUGCGGAGCUUCAAGGUCACCUUGUCUGUGGACCCCAAAUUUCAUCCCAAGAUCAUCGGCCGCAAGGGAGCAGUCAUCUCUCAAAUCAGGAAAGACCACGACGUCAGCAUCCAGUUCCCAGACAAAGGAGACGAGCAGCAGGAUCUGAUCGUGAUCUCUGGGUACGAGCGGAAUGUGGAGGAGGGGCGUCAGGCCAUCCAGCAGCUGGUGGCCGAGUUGCAGGAGAUGGUGAGUCAAGACGUGCACCUGGACCCGAGGACCCACGCUCGCAUCAUUGGAGCCCGGGGCAAGGCCAUCCGCAAGCUGAUGGAAGAGUUCAAGGUGGACAUACGGUUUCCUCAGCCGGGCUCCGACGAGCCUGACAAAGUGACUGUGACGGGCCUUCCAGAGACUGUGGACAACGCCAUCGACCACCUGCUCAACUUGGAGGAGGAAUAUAUGCUCAACGUAACAGAGACUGAGACCUUGGCGGCGUACAUGAAGCCUCCAUCCCGCUGUGGAAGUGGAGGAGGUGCAGGAGGAGGGGACGAUAGCAGCGGAGGUCCUGCCAAGGGCUUUGUGGUGCGGGACGCUCCCUGGAACGAUUCAGGGAACAAGGCUCCUGACAUGAGCAGUGCGGAGGACUUCCCCACAUUUGGGACGGGCGUGGCCCCGAAACAAACUUCAGCCUGGGGCCCCAAGAAGUUCUGAAGCUGCUGCUCAUGUGGAGGAAAACAACAACAAAAAAAAACUUCUGUAAAGUAGAUGAGAGACAAAACAAAUCUCUAAUCAAACUGCUGCUCGCCUUCCUUCCUCCUCCUCCUCCUCUUCUCCUUAGUGACCUCCCCUUGUCUCCUUUUCUCUGUAAACCCCCCUCGAACUUUCCUCCCACAACCAGCCACAACGAAUUAUGGGAGAACCAUUUCCUUUUGUCCUCAUCUGUCUCUCUUCUUGGUACCUCCACCUCCUCCUUGAGGAUAAAAAAAAAGAAAAAAAAGGAACGUGGAAUGCUCCCUCCAUAGUUCGGCUGUCCUGCUCUGCCUCCCGGGGUCGCACCCCCCCCCAACCCGACUCCUGAACUCUCCACUGACGUGAACUGUCAGCUCAUCAGAGUGAGUUAAACAUGUUGAGUGGAGUCAGCGUGCACUGGGGAAACAAGGGGGCAGGGGAUCAUGCGUCCAAGUUGCAAAAGCUAAAUCUUGGAUUGUUUUUUGUAAGCUCAAAGAAGAUAAGAGGGCAGCCUGUGUUUUACUGUUUGUAAACUACAGCAUCUUUUAAUGUUCUUUUCCUGUGUUUCUUUUUUUGUAUGAGGUUUCUUGUCAGCUCAACCUUUUUAGUGUGGUGCAGUAGUUGAGACAAGGAGCUGGGUGUGUGAGUGAGUGUAUGUCGGCGGGAAAAAAACCAGCUGCUGCCGCCGACUCUGCAGGUUUUAAUUUAAAAAUCCCGAAUCUACAGAUGUGGAAGCUUAUUGUUUGUAAAUGUUUUAUUUAUUCAAAAAAAAAAAAAAAUAAGGAAAAAGAAAGAAAACGGAGCCAUUUCGUUUGAAACUACUGUGAUGAUGCGUUUUUUUUUUAUAAAAGCAAUUACUGUAGCUUGAUGCUGACAAACUUGUGUUCGGGAGCAAAUGUUGUGCUUCAGGGUUUUGGAAAAUGUUACCAGUUGUUGUUGUAAGUGUACAAAGAACUUUUUCGCUAUUUUUUUAAACUGUGGGAUUUUUGUUGUUAGUUUCUGGCAUAUUUGAAAAAGACUGUGUGUGUGUGUCUGUGUGCGUGUGCGUGUGGAAGUUAAGAUGUAUAUUUGAAUGAAGCUGAACCAAACUUUUA